CACAAACUUUUUUCAGUUAUCAACCGUGUAUGUUAGCUAAAUGGCGAUGAUGAAGUUGUUCGUGUUCGUUCUGUGUGUCCUUCUGAAUAUAACAAGAAGUCAAGAGCAGACUGCUAGCUGUGUUCCUCAGGAAAUCCCAGCUUCCUCGUUGAAUUGUUCAGUCGUAGAGUCUGCGUAUCUGAGCUGUGCCUGUAAUGUCUACAAGACGUCCAUACUGGAGCUUAUGAGUUCCAUCACCUGUCUCCUUCCCACAUCCUCAGUAGCAGGUGAAGUACAAGAUCAAGUAUUUCAGCUACUCGACAUGGUAACGGUUCCAACGACGAUAAUAGAAUCUAUCGAAGGUCAGCUGCCAUCAAUACCUGCAGCCUCCCUGGUCGACACGAGCUCUGAAUCAUCCUUGGGAAUGAUAAACUUAAUAAUGAAUAUUUCUCAGAAAUUAGGAGAGGACGUCUUCAAUAGAUUAUGCGCAAACGUGGGCCAAUUGUCACAGUGUGUGAACUCCGAUUUCCUCACCUCUAAUAAACCUGAAGAUGUGACCUUGAAAGCCCUAUUUAACCUUGACAAUGUGGAUACGUUUCUUACUAGUAUGUGUGCGAUGAAAAGUGAACUGUUUGGCCAGAAGAACUGCCUCUCUGAAGCCUUACUCCCUAUAGGAAUAUGUGCUUACCUGCCUAGUUUAUGGUCAAUCGACGGUACCCCAACGUUCCCAUUGUUUACGGGAACUGCUAUUUCACAGACACAAUUCCAUCAGUAUUGCCCAAUAGCGGGAGAUUUUGCCCGGUGUGUAGAGAUCCAGAUGGCCAAGUGCAGUCCUAACUUUGCAGCAAUGAUCGCGACCUUGCCUAGCCAGUUGUUGACCACACCAUGUAAUAGCCUCGCCAUGACAGGGACUGACUACCUGACAACGUCCUCUUUGUUGGUGUGUGGGAUACGACACGUGACCAAGGCUAUUCCCAUUGUAGCCAUGAUCGAGAGCAUCUCGGAGGGGCCAAGUACUGUCGAGAUACAGAGUAUCAUUGAAAGCAUCCUUAAUUUGGCAUGCGAAAUACUUCCCGACUACUUUAUGUGUGUUAUGGAGGAGCUUCCAUCAUCCAGAAGUAUGCUCGACAUCUUUAUCAGGGAGUUAAUUGACGUUAAACAGAUUACUUACGGAAACGCCAUUACGGACCUCAUUUGUGAGCCGGAGAGAAUAAAAGCUAUCACAGCCAUGGUGCCGUGUGUGCUGACAAAGGCGAAUGACUUGGAAGCGUGUGCUACCCCAAACAACAUUAUGGUGUUCGAAAACUUCAAUAUAUCAAACCUUGGACAUGAUGCCAACAAAGACCGUCAACAAUUCUGUGGACCUCUCCGGGAUCUCACCAUGUGUAUUUUUGACGCCAUGUUAGUUCCGUGUGAUGCGCAAGUAGCCGAGUUCGCUAAGGAGACAUACCAUUGGAUAAUGCAGACAGAAUGUAACGGUGCCAGAAACGGUACAUUCCAGCAAAUCAUAGACAAACAAACCAGUGGUAAUCCGGUGGUCGUCGGCAACGCCAGAAUCUACUGGCUCGCUGUUCUGCUUGUUAGUAUCAUAAUACAUUGGGUCUGAUCUACAUGUAACCUUUAAACCACCAAGGAAGUGUAUCCAUGGUUAUAUCAGUUUAUUAUAUAGUGAAAUAACAUGACAUAUGUAAGGGCUUUGGAUCAAAACCUUUGGAAUAAUUGAACGUUUGUUUGACAUUGACAUCACUGCCUUGGCGAUGAAAACUAAAAAUGUUAAAAGAACACGGAAAGCAUAUUUUAACAGAUUUCUUCCAAUAGAAAACGGGUCCUGUGAUAACAUGGAUUUCCCUAUAACUCGCGACUAACUGGUUCAGUGUGUAUUUGUAUAAAAACAAUAUGGCGAAUUUUAGCGUUCUCGUGCAAACGUCAUGAAUCGCUUACUUAUCGUAUGUCAGACUAUAUUUCUAUUCAUACAAAGUAUUAUUUAAAGUUGUAGUAAUGUACAUUAUAUAUCAUACCAUUUUUACUUGUGCUGUUACUUUUUAAACCUUUUUUCCGUGUGCGAUUGUUUGUUAUUUACUUGUGACUUGAUAAAGGGGCGGAUUACCUCGAAAAUUCGACACUUUA